CCGCAUCCUUCGUCCAUCCGCUCCCUCCCUCCCUCCCCGACAUGACCCCGCGCCGCCGCCGUGAGCCCUCCGAGCCCCGCAGUGAGAGCGACUGGGACGGCGGAUCCAGCCGCGAGGUCUCCCCCGACCUCGUCCGCCGCGUCGCACGCCACUACCACGACCCCGCCGCGCAGAUCUCGCACGCCGCGGACGCUGGAGCCUGGCUCAGCGAGAUCGAGCACGACCGUGUCCACCUCAUUCAAGAUUGGGUCCAGAUGGCCGCGUGCGACCGCGACGAGGACGCCGGCCCACCGCCAUCCCCCGCUGACCACUCGCACAAGGGCGUUCUCCGGAUCCGCGGCCACCAGGCUUGCCUCGAGCUCGUCAUGCGAAUGGCCGCCGACCGCCAAGCCGAGCUCCAGCGCCUCUCCCAGCACCGUGCCGUCUCCGACUUCCCGCAUCGUGUCUGCUUCAGCGUGCUGAGGGCGACCAGCUCCCCUUCGAGUUCCGCGCGCUCGAGCUCGCCCGACGUGCUACGUUCGUCUCCGCCGGUCAUGAAGCAAAAGAGCCAAGCCAUUACCCCGUACGCCAGGGGGGCAAUCCGCACAACGAUGUGGGUAAGAAAGGUUUUCUCAUGUCAGACUGUAAUGGUGUGCAGUUCAUCUUGUGGAGGAGUGAACUGUGUUGUGAGAUCCAAUUCAUCAGCAGCAUGGUGAGUCUGCUGGCACCCUCAUAUCUAUUUUCUCCUACUAUUGUAUUGUCUGAAUUCUUUCGUAUUUUUCCCACAUCACAAUUAUGUUGUGAUGUCUCUUGUACACUGUUGUAUGCGGCAACCGAUGUAGCACAUUUUGUUACCUCGGAUUAGUUAUGAUGUAAUGACUUUGAUUCUCAGAUCAGUUCUCAUGUCA